CUCCUCCAUCUCCCUGCAGCUGCCCACCAUGGCCUAUCCAUAUGGCCGCCCCGGCACCGGCGACUUUGUCAACAUGAAUCGCGGCGUACCGCACUCCCAGAGCACAGGCAACCUCUACGCCCCCAACGGCGGCUACCCACCACACAGGGUCGUUCCCGAACGAAGCCAGACAAUCGGCAAUCCGAGCCAGCCCGGCCACCCAAGCGAGUUUGCCCACCGACAAGCCCAGCCUCCCCCCAUCCAGCAGACCUUCCUGAGCUACGAGCAAACUCGAUACUAUCACUCUUCUUUCACAUACGACUCGGGCAUCGAGGAGUGUCCUUCCAAGCUGGAUCAGCCGCUCCUGCGCUCGCCGCUGUAUUCCACCGAGCCCAUCAUCGUUCCCAUUCCGCAUUUGAUUGACUGCAUAUUCGAUGUGCUGCCGUCGAACCACAUGGACUAUGAAUCUGUCGAGGUGCUUCCUCCAAAGGCCGUCGAGGAGCUCGGCAAGGUUCGGGUUGAUCCAGAAUUCCUUCGCACCGACAAGAGAGGCUACGCCGUGGCCGAAAUGCUCCAGACCGAGCAAAACUUUUGUCGCAACCUUGGCAUCCUGGACACGUACAUUCGCAAGAAGCUGCUGGAGUCUGGCGUUGUAGACGAGCCCGACGUCCACAUCAUCUUCACGGGAUUUGAUGAGCUCUAUACUUUCCAUCGAUACUUUUUGGACUCUCUCGAGUCGCUCCUGAACCCGCAAGACUGGGACCCAAACACUACGCAGAUUGGAAAGCUCUUUGCUGAUAACACCGACCGAUUAGUGGCAGUGUACGGCAAGUUCAUCGACGCAUCGCACCUGACCGAGCGCACGAUCAAAAAGUACGAGAAGCGAGAGGCGUACAACCAGUUUAUGGAGGAAGCCUCGAGGUCGCCCGAGACGGGCAAGCGGCAGCUCAAGGAUUUCCUGAUAUUGCCGGUGCAACAGUCGAGUCGAUAUGCCCUGCAUCUGAAUGCCAUUGUGAAGCAGACCCCCUCGGACCACCCCGACCUCGAGGACCUCAAGGCCGCAGCCCAGAAAAUGUCGGAGCUCGGCGCGACCGUCAACGUCAAGAAGCAGCGUGCUCAGGAGCAGGCUUUGAUCUUUGACAUCUCCAUGGAUACCAAGGACACUCCGCCACUGUUCAUCAACGCCAAAAGAAGGGUCGUCUACACGGCCGACGCCACCGAUGUCAACCUGCGCAAGAAGGUCCGGGUUUACAUCUGUUCCGAUUCGCUCCUGAUAGCGACAUAUGUGUCUCGAGAGAAGCGCGGCGGCCUUGCCGGGUUGCUGGGCUCCAGCGCCUCGACCAUCGAAACGACCCACCCGUUCAUCUUCCUGAGAUGGAUUGACUUCAAGGAUGUCACCACAACCGAGGAGUUGCGCAAAGACACACUCGCCAUCACAUGCUACUACGAGCGCGAGGGCACCUCUUUCACUGUGCCUGUUCCGCAAUUCGAUGACGGCACCAACAACAAGUUCAAGGUCGUCCUCAAGUUCGAGCACGACUAUGACCCCGAGAAGACCCUGAAGGACUUUAACGUAACCCUCCAAUCUGAACAGAAGCGCUCAAAGUCGGCACGAGCCACAUGAGGGCGAUGCUCGAAAGCUGGGGCGAAACGGAGGAAGGAAGUGAUGUGAUGUGAUGGACAGGAGGUGGAGGGAUGUGAUGGGCAGGACGGGGAAGGCGCAAAGGAAGCCUCAAGCUCACUUGGGCCGAGAACGGCGCAUAAUUGGACGACUCGGCAUCGCCUUUGAAUUGCUGUUAUGGCAGCUUGCUGGCGAGCCAUGCUCAUGCCGCUCGCUGCACUCUUGUGAAACAAUGAUCGAUUCUCAUGCA